AUUAAAUUAAAAAUGAGUGACGGUGGAAAGCAUAAAAAAAUCCAAAAUAGUAUGGGUAAAGAUACAGACAAAAAUUCUGAAGAUGAGAAGAACAAAGAGUUUGAAGAAAUGAUCAAUAAGAAAAUUGAGAAUGCCAAAGUUGGGGAGACUACCCCUGAUAACAAGCGAACUAAAGAUAACAAAAGAGUUGGCCAACAUGAAAAUAUUCACGCUAGUGGCAAAAAAAUGAGGCAUGAAUAUGACGACAAACAUCAAAGAAAGAAAAUGGCUGAUGGAAAGUCAGGACAAGAAGAAAAUAAGAAAAUAGUUGAAGCUAAACCUCUCAAGGAUGAACUAGGCAGCAGUUUCUAUGCUGACUCUGAUUCGAGCGAGGAUGAAGGACUUCCAGACUACAAAAUUGGAGGUUACCAUCCUGUCCAUGUGGGCGAAGUCUUCAAAGAACGAUAUGUUAUUAUUCAAAAACUUGGAUGGGGACAUUUCUCAACAGUAUGGUUAGCAAAAGACAAGAAGUAUAACACCUAUGUUGCAUUAAAAGUUCAGAAAUCAGCUCAGCACUAUAUCGAAGCAGCAUACGAUGAAGUAGAAAUUCUAGAUCAAGUAAGUAGCUUCUGGCAGAAGAAGGAGUGGCAAGAAUCUCUCAAGCAUUAUUACAAAGAUGAUCCUAAAAAGUUAAAAGAGAUCAAAGAUUCUAGCAAGUAUUGCCACACAGUCCAACUAUUGAAUGCAUUCAUGCAUCAUGGGCCGAAUGGAAAGCAUUAUGUCAUGGUCUUUGAAAUUUUGGGAGUAAACCUACUUGAAAUUAUAAAAAGGUAUGACUACAAAGGAGUGCCACUUCACCUUGUCAGAGAACUCACUAAGCAAUGCCUGAUUGGUCUCGACUACAUGAAUAGAGUAUGCAAAUUGAUCCAUACUGAUCUCAAACCUGAAAAUGUGGUUAUUACUCUUACUAAAAAUGAACUUAAAGGAAUAAGAGAUAAGGGAGUUCUAAAAACUACAAAAAUGUAUCAUCAGGAUGAAAAACAAAUUGCAAGAAUUGUUGCUGGAGCACAUGAUGAAAUCAUUCUUUCCUCUCGAGCAUUAAAGGAGGAGACUAAAGCUGUUCACAAGGACUCAAUAUCAAACACUGAUGCUCAAUCCAAGGACUGGAAUGAUAUGACCGCGAAAGAGAAAAAGAAUUUCAGGAAAAACAAAAGGAAGAGAAUCAAGAAGUACAUUACUCAAGGGAAGCUUCCUGAGAAUUUCGAUGACCUUGAGAAAGAAGAGAAGGAUAAGCUCUAUGCUGAGGUAAGAAACCAGAUUGAACAAGAGAAUCUUAGGAGAGAAGGAAAAUUAGAAGAGACUAAAGAUAAUGAUAGCGAAGAGAAAGAGAUAGAAAUUGAAUCAAAAGAUAUAGGACUUACUCAAAUGACAACUAAUACUGACCUCAGUAAAUCUAAAGACGAGUUAGGAACCACUGAUGCAGAGAACACAGAAACUUCUAAUGUUGAAGCUGAAGUAGCCCAGGAUAGUAAAGAAAAUGCUCCUCCUACUGAGAAAAAGAAACCUAGCGCAAAGAAGAAGCCAGUGAACUUUAGGCACUCUUCAGCACCAAGGAACAAUGGUGGAGAUUUUGAUGAGGAUGAGGCUAAAGAGCUUGAAAAACUUCAGCAGUUAAUGGGGGAGGGUAUGGAUGAUGCUCCUUCUCAUCCAAAUAUUCCACUGCUCAAUACCCAUUUGAUCCAAGACCAACAAAAGAGUAACGACAAAUUGACUAAAAGAGGUCCCAAAAUUGAUGAGGAUGUCAACCUCGCAAUUGUUGAUAUGGGAAAUGGAUGCUGGACUCACCACCACUUCACUUCUCAGAUUCAGACAAGGCAAUACAGAUCUCCAGAGACAAUCAUUGGAGUUCCUUAUGGUCCAAGUGCUGAUAUUUGGAGUCUAGCCUGCAUGGUGUUCGAGCUAUUGACUGGAGAUUUUCUUUUCGAGCCAAGGAAAGGUUACUACUACGAUAAAGAUGAUGACCAUCUAGCUCAGAUGAUUGAGCUACUGGGACGAAUGCCAAAGAACUUUGCUUUAUCAGGAAAGAAUUCUAAGAGAUUCUUCGAUUCAACUGGGCAUCUAAGGAAAAUUAGAGGGCUAAACUAUUGGCCUCUUCAUAGAGUUUUGACUGAGAAAUAUAGAUUCAUUCCAAAGGAAGCAGAGGCGCUUGCAGACUUCCUUCAGGAGAUGCUAAUUUGGUACCCGGAAAAAUAGAGCCACUGCCCAAGAAAUGCUCGAACAUCCAUGGCUGAAGAUGCCCAGAAACGAUAACUUCAAGAUGGAGGCACAAGAAUACGAGAAAAUGAUGGAAGAAAUCAAGAAGAAAGAAGAAGCAGAAAAAAUUAAAAGAGAAUUAGAGGUUAUCCUCAGAGAAGGAAACAUGGACCCUGAAGUACUGAGCAAAAAGAUCAGGUCUGAGAAUAUGUCUGAACUGGCAGAGAGUAAUUUUGAAAAAUAAUGCAGCUGAUAUUGAAGACUUUGAAUGCUCAGAUAUUGAUGCUGAGCCAGUAUAUGAUGAAGAAGACUCAAUAACCCUAGGAUAUUAUGCCUCUGAUUCAGAUGAUGACGACCAAUAUAUGCCAAGAGAUAACUCAUUUGACCUAGAUCCUGAUGCUGAAACUCUCAUCAAACCAUCCAAGGAGAAAUACAACUUAUUUGUAGGAGGAGGAUAUGGGAAAGGAAAACCGCUAAAUAACUCAUUCACUGGACCAUACAAUAAUAUGGAUCACAUUCAUGUCGAUAGAGGAGCCAAUAAGCAAUUUGAUUAAUAAUAUUCAAUGAUUGA